AUGAAAGUCAAACUUCAUGGAGCGAGAUUUUUUUCAAAACUCGAUUUGACAAACGCCUUCUACCACUUAGAGUUGCACAAGGAGUCGAGAGACUUGACAACCUUCCUAUCGGAGAAUGGCAUGUUCCGAUUCACUCGACUGAUGUUCGGAGUUAACUGUGCUCCAGAGAUCUUCCAGAGGGAAAUGACGCGAAUCUUGGAUGGUGUGGAAAACAUAAUAAUUUAUAUUGACGACGUCCUCAUAUUCGCGGAUAGCUUAGAGAAGCUGCGCGAAACAGUGUCCGAAGUAUUAAGAAUCCUCAGAGUCCACAACCUGACCAUCAAUUCAGCGAAAUGCGAAUUCGACAAAACAAAAAUUCGCUUCAUCGGUCACCAACUAGAUGAAAACGGCUUCAAUAUCGACGACACAAAAGUUAGGGACAUCCGAAGAUUUAGACAACCAUCUACAGUUUCUGAACUUCGAAGCUUUUUGGGAUUAGCUUCCUUCGUCAGUCCGUACAUCAAGGGAUUUGCAGACAUUGCUAGUCCUUUAUGGGCAGCGACUAGGGCCGAUGGCUGGAUAUGGGGUUUGGAGCAAGAGAGUGCUUUUCGAAACUUAAAGGAGCAAAUUAUGAAUUGCACCAUAUCUCUUGGAUACUUCUCGGAAAAACACAAAACUUUUCUCUACACGGAUGCCUCUCCGAAUGCCCUUGGCGCUGUUCUUGUUCAGCAAGACAGCGAUCAUCCACCCCGUGUAAUAAGUUUUGCUUCUAAAGCCCUAACACCGACCGAAAAAAGAUACCCCCAGAAUCAACGCGAGGCUCUAGCAACAGUUUGGGCUGUGGAGCAUUUCGCGUUUUUCUUGCUCGGCAGACCAUUUGUGAUUCGCACUGAUGCUCAGGGUGUCACGUUUAUUCUCAACAGAACACGUGAAAAUUCUAAACGCGCUUUAACUCGUGCUGAUGGCUGGGCUCUGAGACUUAGUCCCUACAAAUUUGAUGUUGAGUAUGUUUGCGGUCGAGACAACAUAGCGGAUCCGUCAUCCAGGCUAUAUGAAGGCGAGGAUGAACCAUUUGCUGAAGAUUUUAGCCCCUGGGAAAUCGCUGUUCUGGAAGCAAAUCAAGCUCUUUUUCUGACGGAAGACGAAAUAAGGGAAGAAACAGCAAAAGAUCGCCAUCUGCAGGAGGUAACAGAUGCGCUUGAAUCUGGUAUUUGGUUAAAGCAUUUGAAGAAUUACGAAGUACUAAGCAAUGAUCUCGUAGUACGUGAAGGAGUUCUCGUUAAAACUGGUUGUGCGAUUAUCCCGCAAAAUCUCAGACAGAAAGCACUUGCCGUUGCUCAUGCAGGUCAUCCAUCAAAAGCCAAAUUCAAAAGCAUAUUAAGAGAGCGCGUUUGGUGGCCUGGCAUGCCCAAGGAAGCCGAAGCAUGGGUGGAUUCUUGUGCGGUUUGUGCAACGAAUGGAAAACCAGAAAGACCAACUCCGAUGCAACGCGUCUUUGCACCGCGGAACGUAUGGGAGACAGUGGCAAUAGAUUUCAACGGGCCUUAUUUAAAGUAUGGCGGCAUCUCGAUCCUGGUCAUAGUAGACUAUCGCUCUCGGUAUAUCAUUGCAAAACCUGUCAAAUCUACGAGUUUCGAAAACACUAAGAAAGUACUGGAAGCGGUUUUUGAAAAAGAGGGUUUUCCCCAGACCACCAAAUCUGACAAUGGUCCUCCUUCAAUGGUGAAGACUAUAGGCAAUAUUGUGCAGACCGGGGCAUCAAUGUUGUCUUCUCUCUACCAUUGCAUCCUCAACAAAAUGGCUUGGCCGAAAGCUGCAUGA